AUGGAGUCGACGAAGGUGGGGGGCCCCGCGGCCGGAAGCCCCAGAUCCCGCUCUCCGGCCCUGCCGGCGUACGGGGUCACCGGGGACGAGAACAUCGACUACAUCAUCAGCGACUACAUGGAACGGCUGGGAACGAGGCUGAACAUCCUGGAGACGGAGCUCAAGUACGCGUGGCGAGCGCUGGACCUGCUAAGCCAGGAGUCCAUCAAGAUGUGGGAGAGGCUGGAGAAGCUGGAAGGCCUGCUCUACGAGCAGCAGACCGUCAUCAGCCAGCUGAUCGAGUUCUACGCCAGCGGAGGGCACGCCGGCGAGGCCGCGACGGCGGUCGAGGAGACCCUGGCCGGUCGGCACGGCUCCGUCACGGAGCUCGACGACGUUGCUAAGAGUCUGGGCGCGGCCAUGGGGAUGGAGGAUGCCCAAGUCCUGAGGGACGCCCUGGCGCAUCAGGAGAUGGCCAGGAUGCACGGUAUGGCGCAGGACGGCAUCGCCGCGGCGGCUGGGGCGACCGACGCGCAUAGGAACCUUCGAAAUCUGGAGACCUUGGAGACUCUGGAGGAGGAGGUCAACGCCCCGGACGAGGCCUUCUACAGGAGCUUGAACAACGCCUACCGCGAGGAUCUGAUUUGCGGGGACACGUCCAGGCCGACCUCCCAGCUGGGCAUGAUUUGGGAGGAAGCCGAGGAGGUGGAGGACGCCAACGGCAGGAAGGAGGGGGAGGCCAAGGCGGGCUCGAAGAAGGGGCCCGGGAAGGAGCGGGAGGACCCGGAGGAGACCAGCCCUGCCCCGGGGCCGGAGGCGGAGGACCUGGCCCGGGCGACGAGCGACGGGCUGGCCCCGGAGGACGAGGACGCGGGGGAGGUCUUCAGUGCGGCCGACUACAAGAGUUAUCGUGGGAACACGCCGUGCAUCAGCGAACAGGACUUGGCGCAGCUCUCCAGACUGAGCUCCAUCGACCAAGUGGCUCUGGAGAAACUCGACGAAUUGGACAGACUGACGAGCAAGUUGCAAAAGGACUCGCAGAACUUGGUGGAACUGCAGACCAGGCUGAUGGAGUCGCCGAAACGUCAAUACUCGAGCGAGGCCGAGGCCAAGCUGGCCGAGGAGGCCAGCAGCAUCGACGAGCAGUUGCGGAAGAUCUACGCGGAGACGGACGUGGACAAUUGGACCUACUCGAAGAGUCCGAGCUCGACGGGUCGCUCGGUCUCCAGGGUGAGCACGGACAGCGGCCUCGCAACGGACGGCGACUUCGCGGCGCGAUCCGCCUCCCCCAGGCCGACCUCGGCGCCGAGGACCAACCUCGAGUCCGCCGCCGCGAGCUACGCGCCGUCCCGGCUGGGCUUCGCCGGCGGCCUCCUGGAGAAGGACGCGGAGCCGGUGAUCCAGCUGCCCAUCGACGUCGGUAGCUUUGCCAAGGGCUACGCCGAGAACAAGGAGCUGACGGACCUCAUGGUGGAGAGCUUCGCCGCGGUGACUUGCGCCUCGCCGACCGUCUACGGCCCCACGGCCGACAAGAUUCCCUCCCCGACGCUAUCGGUCCACAGCGUCCACAGCGUCCAGAGCCUCCGGACCCGGCAGGACGGAUACUUCGGCGGCGGCGCGAGGCCGGGCCUCGACUUUCCCGAGAGCAGGACUCCGCCGAGCCCUUCCCCGAGUUCCCCGCCGCCGCCGGCACCCAAGGACACCAGGGACACCGGCGAGAGCUUUCUGAUGGCCGGCUCCGAGGCCAGAGACCCCGAGGCGAAGAGGGCCCAGAGUCCGGGCUUCCUGAGAAGCGCCGAGAAGAUCGUCUCGAUGGAGCAGGGUCGCCUCAGUCCCAGGACCCCGCAUUCCCCGAAAUCCCCCAAGAUCUCGCCGAAGCACCUCGGCAAGGCCGGGAGCGCCAACAUCGUCGCGGCCAAGUCGGACUCGGGACUGUCCUCGAUGAGUGGCUGGAGCAGCCUGGACAAGUCCCCGGGGUCCCCGAAGAGCUCGAUCGGGAAACUCCUGACGUCGUACUCUCUGGACCAUGCGAGGGCUCCGCUGAUUCCCGCGCCCCAGGCUCCGAGAUCCGCCAGUCCGAUCCCGCCGCUGCCCGAGACCGACGUCGCCUUCGUCGCUCAGGAACCGCUCUACGACACUCCCGAGGGGAGGGACGCGUUCGCCGCCGCCGCCGCCGCCGCCGCUGCCGCCGCCGCGGGGGCGCCCGCCACCGUGGCCAACCACCUCUCGGCGUUCCCGGCCAUGGAGUUGGCGGCCGCCAAGGACGAGUACGGCUUCGUCCCCCCGCCGGCUCCCAGCGUGGCGGCCUGUCAAAGUCCAAAGAAACGGCUGCGCCAGCAGAGCCUGCAACACGCCUACGACGCCGUGCCCACCGACCCCGCCCCGGACUACGUCUAUCGGUCGGAACAGCCGGCCAUCUACUCGGUGGCCGGAAGCAACCGGCAGCAAGUCAUCACGAGCGUCUACACCAGCGGCUCCGGGGCCUACGGCUGGAGAAACGUGUCCUCCGGGUACUACCCCGAGACCACCGACAGGUACUCCGGUUUCCAGGAGAACGUGGCCGCGCUGCAGUACACCGAGGCAAUGAUGCCGGCGAGCGUCAUGUCGUCGCAUGCCAAAAAGCCGCUCAGGGCCUUGUCUUGCGGAGAGGGGAUGUCCAAUCACGAGGGCUAUAAAAACGCGAUGUACCGCACCAUGUUCCCCACCGGAAACAUCACCGACGCUCUCUCGUACUACCCGACGAGCGCGAACCUCCCGCGCACCGAGACCACCGAGAGUUCCUGGCUCAACUCCAUGGAGAGUCAGAUCCCCCACGACUCGACCUCCUCUAGCAUCAGGUCGCUCACCUCCGACGGAAGCUAUUCGCAGAGUCCUUACACCGACAGGAGAUAUCCCCAGCCUCCGGCCUAUCAGGCUCAGCAAUAUCAUACCUACGCCAAUCAGAACUAUCCUCAGACGUACCAGCAACAGUAUCAGCCGUACGGCCAGCUGCUCACGCAUUCCGAAAGCGCUCAGCUGACGGACGAGUUUCAAAGGCAAUGGCAAAGGGAGCACCAGUACAUUCAGGAUCACGAGAGCGGGAGAAUUCCCUCGGAGCAGUCUCAGCUGCAACAGACCGAAUACUUUGAUGCCUCGAGCGUUAUAGUCUCGCAAUCGGGCUACAUCAGCAUAUCCGCCGACAUUAAAGACCACGAAGAAGCCAAGUUGACGAAGAAAGUUAGACGCGGUUCGUCUCUAAAAAACGCGAUGAGCUCCAUGAGUAGUUGGCUCCCGGACUUGCAUUUGAGUAAACGGCACAGGAGCCAAUCCCUCCCGGGGGGCGUAAGGCGAGAGGAUCUGGAUGCCCCUCAGGAAGCGGUGCCUCAGCAAAGAACGUCGGUGGAUAUGUCCGGCACCAGGGGACGGGGCAGGACCCAGGCCCUACGGAAAAAGAAGAAACACACGCUCGUUUCGACGGUCUCCGGGAUCCUGCAAAAGGCAAAACGUAAAAGUCACCAGUCUCAGUCCCUGUCGGAUCCGGAGCAAUCCGAGACCGAGUGGAGUAGCGGCAGGCAGAGCGGAUUGUCCGAGGACGAGGACAGCGUCAUGUCGGACGCGAACCAGGACCAACAACCUCCGUUCUUUGCCAAAGUAAAGACCAGCAGCGGCAAAAGGAAGCCGCCUCCGCAGCAAAUUCAAGCUCAGCAACAGCCGCAGCAGCAGCACCAGCAGCAGCACCAGCAGCAGCACAAAGAGUACCUGUUGCAACAGCAACAGAGUCUCCAGCAGCAACAACAGGCGUUGCAACAGCAAAUCCAGCUGCACCAGGAGCAGUUGCAGCAGCAAGUGACCCAGGAAGCCGGGUCGAAGGAGCGGAAACCCGAGGGGAGCGAGCACGAGUUUUCGGAUCUCGUGGCGGCGGCCGAAGAGGAGGCUUCCGGGAAAAGCACGGGUUCCGGUUCCGGAGGUUCCUCCAUCUUCGCCACGGUAGGGGACAUCAAGCGGUCCACCGGGAGCUCCGACGAAGCGCCCAACGAGAAGGCCCCGAAACUGCCGCCCGUUACUCUAAUGGGCGGAGCAAGCAUGGAGUUCGCGGUCUCUAGAGCGUUGGGGAAGUAUCGACAGAGACAGUCGUCGACGGUUUCCGACGAGCAGCCGAUCGCCGAGGACUCGACGACGGAGAAGAGGUCCGACGACGACGGCGCUCCGACGUCCUCGGAGACGGCGGAAUUCCCCGAGGACGCCGUCUCGGAGAAGAGCGAGAAGACCGGAAGGCUGCCCGAGCUGGUGACCAGCAUAUCCGAGGAGGCGCCGCCUUCCGAGGGAAGUCCGUCGGCGUCGAGCGCGAGGGGAUACCCCCUCUCCGGGAGCAGGUUCCUACCGCGCCAUCAGCAGUCCCUGGACAUCCCGUGGGCGGGACGGACGGGGGAGGGCGACGAGGACAACCGCAGCACGCACUCCCACAGAAGUACCUCCCGGGUCUCGUCGAGGAGGCAGAGCACCGAGGACUCGAUCGACUCCGAGGACGAAUGGUACUGCUACGAGCUGAGGAAGCUGGAGGAGCUGGAGCGACAAACUCAGAUCGAGAGCGAGAUGGGGGAGAUCCUGGUGGAGGAGCCCGAGGAGGCCGAGCCCUCCCAGCCGGGCGAGGACGUCAAGGAGCGAAUGUCCUUCGUCCUGAGGGAACUGCGACUCAAGGCCAAGCCUAGGACCGAGGAGGCCGCUCCCGCGGAGAAGGAGGAUCGACCCCGCGCCACCAAGACCGGCGAGAGUCCGCACGGCAAAAGGAGCUCCGGCGACCUCGACAAGAGAUACCGCGACGAGAAACCCAUUCCCAAGAAGAAGGACGCCGAAAGCGUGGAGACCCUCUUUGCCAGGGUGACGGAUUACCACACGUGGGCGCACGCCGAGGACGCGAAGAGGGAGGAGCGGGCCCUCCAGACGGAGGAGGGCUCCUCCGGGGAGACCUCCGGCCCCGACAGUCCGGGCCAGUCCACGGACGAGGAGGAGGCGGAGGAAGAAGAGGAGGAGGACGCGAACGAGGCGCGGUCUCGCCGCAGCUCCAGCGGGUCCACCCUGAGGCAGGGCGAGAGGGUCCUGCAGGGCUCGGACUCCCUCUCUCGCGAAGGGAGCGUGAGCGUCCCUCCGAGCGAGGUGUCGGUCAGCAUCCCCGGGACCUGGGGCUCGGAGAGCACCGUGCUCGAGGGCGAGCGGGAAGGCGCCGACAGCGCCGAGACCGGCAACACCACUCUCAGCCUGCCCAGAAUCAAGAUCGACUCCUCGUCCUGCGGGAGCUCCGACGCCACUCUCAAGGACGGUCAGAUCAGCCCCGGACCUCCGGGCUCCAAGUGGAAGUUGCUCAAGGCUCUGAAGGAGCGCAAAGCCGAGGAAAAGCUCAAGGAGGUCGAGGACGCCAAGGACGCCGCCAUCGCUCAGGCCCCGACGGCUAACGGCAGCGGACCUGGCGGCGAAUCCGGAGGACGAGCCAACGGACACCCAGGGGACAACCCUUUUUACAGCAACAUCGACAGCAUGCCGGACAUCCGUCCAAGACGCAAGUCCAUUCCUCUGGUCUCCGAGCUGGUCUUGAAGACGAUAGCAGCUACCAAGAGGAAUGCCGGCUUAACAUCCGCCGUUCCGAGAGCGACCUUAAACGACGAGGAAUUGAAGAUGCACGUCUACAAGAAGACGCUGCAGGCGAUGAUCUACCCGAUAUCCUCGACGACGCCCCACAACUUCGUAACGUGGACCGCCACCUCGCCGACGUACUGCUACGAGUGCGAGGGCUUGCUUUGGGGCAUCGCUCGGCAGGGGGUCCGGUGCAUGGAGUGCGGCGUCAAAUGCCACGAGAAGUGCAAGGACUUGCUCAACGCGGACUGCCUACAGAGGGCCGCGGAAAAGAGCUCGAAGCACGGGGCCGAGGAUAAAGCGAACAGCAUCAUCACGGCCAUGAAGGAAAGGAUGAAGCAGCGGGAGCGGGAGAAGCCGGAAAUCUUCGAGCUGAUUCGCACGACGUUUUCAGUCGACCCGGAUACCCACAUAGACAGCCUCGAGCAGGCCGAGCAGAUGGUCCUCGAGGGCACCAGCAAGUGGUCCUGCAAGAUCGCCAUAACAGUGAUCUGCGCCCAGGGACUCAUCGCCAAGGACAAGAGCGGCACGUCCGACCCCUACGUCACCGUUCAGGUCGGCAAGGUGAAGAAGCGCACGAGGACCGUGCCGCAGGAGCUGAACCCCGUCUGGCACGAGAAGUUCUACUUCGAGUGCCACAACUCCUCGGACCGCAUCAAGGUCCGCGUGUGGGACGAGGACAACGACCUCAAGUCGAAGUUGCGGCAGAAGCUGACCCGAGAGAGCGACGACUUCCUGGGCCAGACGAUCAUCGAGGUGCGCACCCUGUCCGGCGAGAUGGACGUUUGGUACAACCUGGAGAAGCGCACCGACAAGAGCGCCGUCUCCGGCGCCAUCAGGCUCCACAUCAGCGUCGAGAUCAAGGGCGAAGAAAAAGUGGCGCCGUACCACGUGCAGUACACCUGCCUCCACGAGAACCUCUUCCACAGCCUGUGCGAGAAGAACGACGGCAUGGUGACGCUGCCCCAGGCCAAGGGCGACGACGCCUGGAAGGUUUACUUCGACCCGCCCGGGGAGGAGCUGGUCGACGAGUUCGCGAUGCGCUACGGCAUCGAGAGCAUCUACCAGGCCAUGACGCACUUCCACUGCCUCUCGACCAAGUAUCUGUGCCCCGGCGUGCCCGCGGUCAUGUCGACCCUUCUGGCCAACAUCAACGCCUACUACGCCCACACGACGGCCAGCUCCGCCGUCUCGGCCAGCGACAGAUUCGCCGCCAGCAACUUCGGGAAAGAGAAGUUCAUCAAGCUGCUGGACCAGCUGCACAACUCGUUAAGGAUCGACCUCUCGAUGUAUCGCAACAACUUCCCGGCCUCGAGCAAGGAGAAGCUGAUGGACCUGAAGAGCACGGUGGACCUCUUGACGAGCAUAACCUUCUUCCGAAUGAAGGUUCAAGAGCUGUCGAGUCCGCCGAGAGCGAGCACCGUCGUCAAGGAAUGCGUGAAGGCCUGCCUGAAGGCGACCUAUCACUUCCUCUUCGAGCACUGCUACGAGCUCUACAACAGGGAGUUCCAGGCCGACCCCAGCGAGGUAAAGAAGGUCCCCGAGGACAGCGGGCCCCGGCUGGACUCCCUCGACUUCUGGCACAAGCUGAUAGCCCUGAUCGUCUCGGUGAUCGACGAGGACCGAAACAGCUACGGCGACGUUCUGAACCAGUUCCCGCAGGAGCUGAACAUCGGGCAGCUUUCGGCCGCCACCAUGUGGGCCGUCUUCGCGGUCGACAUGAAGUACGGCCUCGAGGAGCACGAGCAGCAUCGGCUCUGCAAGUCGUCGGCUUACAUGAACCUUCACUUCAAGGUGAAAUGGCUGUACACUAACUACGUCGAGGACGUGCCGCCUUACAAAGGAGCGGUACCGGAGUAUCCAGCCUGGUUCGAACCUUUCGUCAUGCAGUGGCUCAACGAGAACGACGACGUUUCCCUGGAGUAUCUUCACGGUGCCUUCAAUAGAGAUAAAAAGGACGGGUUCCAAAGAAGCAGCGAACACUCCCUCUUCAGUUGCUCCGUCGUCGACGUCUUCACUCAGCUGACACAGUGCUUCGAAGUCGUCUCGAGGCUGGAUUGUCCAGACCCCGAGAUAUGGAAGAGGUACAUGAAGCGAUUCGCCAAGACCAUAGUCAAGGUCCUGGUCGCGUACGCGGACAUCGUCAAGAAGGAGUUCCCUAGCCACCUGAAGGAGGAACGAGUGGCCUGCAUCCUCAUGAACAACAUCCAACAACUGCGGGUCCAGUUGGAGAAGAUGUUCGAGUCCAUGGGAGGGGAGAAGUUGGAGGAGGACGCUGCGAACAUCCUGAACGAGUUGCAGCAACAGUUGAACAGCGUCCUGGACGAUCUGGCGAUGCUCUUCGCCAAGAGUCUCGAGCCGAGAAUAAUAGCUUCCGUCCGCGAGCUCGGAGUUCUUCUUCUUGCGAUCAAAGGAGGAGGACAAGUUACCUUGACUCAGCCCGCUCAAAGGAAUGCCGUAGCCGUGGAAGCCGACGAAGUUUUGCGGCCGUUGAUGGAUUUGUUGGACGGAAGUCUCUCGAUGUACGCUCAAACUUGCGAGAAGACGGUAUUGAAAAGGUUGUUGAAGGAAUUGUGGAAGAUCGUCAUGAGGAUCCUGGAGAAAACGGUGGUCCUGCCUCCGAUGACGGACAAGAGCAUGGUGUUCAAGCAUCUGACGGAUAACGCUAAGAAUCUGGCAGCGAACGCGAAGAUAGAAGACAUGUCGAGGCUCUUUAAAAAUCACAUGGCCGGGAAACCGGACGUGAAAAACGCUCUGAGCGGCGUCAUGGACAUCUCGAAAGAGGUGGAGAAGAACCUGUCUCCGAAACAGUGCGCCGUCUUGGAUGUAGCCCUCGACACGAUAAAGGUCUACUUCCACGCGAGCGGAAAUGGCCUGAAGAAGAACUUCCUGGAGAAGUCCCCGGAGCUGCAGAGUCUGCGAUACGCCCUGAGUCUGUACACGCAGACGACGGACACGCUGAUCAAGACUUUCGUCACGUCCCAAACCAACGAAGUGCCGCUGAACGAUGCGUCGACGUUGCGUCAACGUCAGCGUUCGAUGAGCAGCGAGAGGGGCGACGAGGGCGAGGGCGUCGACGGCUUGGAAACCCUCGAAGAGCCCCUCCGCCAGACCAAACCCCCUCUGCGCAGAGAAAGCCGACAAGACACCUCUGGGUCGGACGAGGGCUCCGUGGGCGAAGUAAGCAUUCAGGUGGACCUCUUCACCCACCCUGGGACCGGAGAACACAAAGUCACCGUAAAGGUGGUAGCAGCGAACGAUCUCAAGUGGCCCGUCGCCCCCGGAAUGUUCCGACCUUUCGUCGAAGUCAACCUAAUCGGGCCGUAUCUCGCCGACAAGAAGAGAAAGCACGCGACGAAGUCGAAGAGCAACAACUGGUCGCCAAAGUUCAACGAAACCUUUCAUUUCAUCAUCGGGAAUGAAGAGCAGCUGGACUAUUACGAGCUGCACAUAUGCGUCAAGGACUACUGUUUCGCUCGCGAGGACAGGCUGGUCGGCGUGGCGGUGAUGCAGCUCAAGGACAUCGUGGACCAAGGCUCUUGCGCCUGCUGGCUGUCCCUGGGCAAGCGCAUCCAAAUGGACGAAACGGGCUGGACGAUUCUGAGGAUUCUCUCGCAGCGAAACAACGACGAGGUGGCCAAGGAAUUCGUCAAGCUGAAGAGCGACAUCAGGCAGGAAAAUCCCCAGCCGAAUCCCACCUGAAGCGCCACCGGAAACCAAGUGACAGGAACGCCACGUGACCAUCGGGCUUCGAAAGAGCCCGAAGGAGCUUAAAUUGCAAGGGGCUCGAAACGGGAAGCUCCGACGACGGACGAGGACGAGUCCACCAGGCGGAACCGAGAGAAGCCAAGAGGAGGGGACCACGCGCGGUCUCUCCGUGACCGAGCGACCGCGUCGGGAACCUCGUCGGUGCCGUCGCCGCCGACCGCCGCCGACCGCCGCCGACCGCCGCCGACCGCCGACGCGGGCUGGGCGGAAGGAGUCGGGGCCGAGGACGGAAAUCGGGUUACGUCGUCAAGAAGCGCGACCGAGUCGAGGACUCUUCGCGUCGCGUGCGCGAAAGGACGAUUUCUGCCUUCCGGGAGCCGCCCGAGACGAACGCGCGAAAACAGUGCUGCCAGUACGCAAUAUAUUCGGUAAUAUUCGUAUAUGUAAAGACGGAAGAAAUAACGAGGGGACUCGAGGGGAUCGUCCACGAAAUCGAGGACGAUCCCCACGAGACGUCGCUCGAUCGGGCGAGCAGCUCGCGAGCGGGAUCUAAAGACUUACGCGUGGAGACGUUCGAGCGUACGAGGAGGAGAUACCUUUUCACCGGCGGAAAAGUAGUCGGUCGGUGGCGUACGCUUCGAGCGCUGCUGGAGGGACGGUUUAUUUAUUGUAGAUACGUGAAAUUGUUGACGAAAAAAAGUUUUUUCUAAUACAGUCUAAGGGUAGCAUUGCGUACGACCAAUAGGUGCGUCUUGACGAUAUUCACGGCGCGCCGCUAGUAAUAAUAGGCAUUCUAAUGUAAAUUAUGUCCUCAUCGUAAAGAACCGAGCGAGAUCGCGCGAGCCGACGCGAGUUUGGCCAUCGUCGUCGUGGCUCUUUUCCUUUCUCUUCGGUUGAACCGUUGGUUCACCGGUUCUUUCGAACCCACGAUCGAGUCCAAUUAGGAAUCCGUUAGGAGCAGAUUUUCUUUCUAAAGCAAAACUUAGCCGGACACGGCGAGAGAAAACGUGCCUACCCCGUUCUCGGUCGACGCGGCGCGGCGCAGCGCGGCACCCGGAUCAAACGCGGGCGUUAAAUCGUUAUUCCGACCGUUCCAACGAAUCGACCGGCUCGUUAGGGGGUCGUUUCGACCAACGGAAGCAUCCGACGUUGAAUGGAAAAUUUUGAUCCGCAUCCCCGGGCGUCCCCGGGCGUCCCCGGGCGUCCCCGGGCGUCCCCGGACGUCGCCUGGCGCGUCCGAGAAUCCGGAAGUGCCCGGAAUCGCGACGCGCACGCACGACGGUCUCAAAAGUGUCGGCAACGCGUCCGGCGCGCGCGGUCUCGUAGUCAUCGUUCAUUUGUAAGAGUGUCUAUUUUCUCCGCUGCCUAACUAAUUACGUAUUUAUUACGACACGAGGCUGGCAACUUGUACCUGGCGGGCGACGUCGUCGAAACCUCGGUAAAACGAGUCGCCUCGACGCCGUUGCUCGCCGUUUAAUCCUCCCGCUCUCCGCUUUAUUAAAAAUCUCUCGUAAGCUUACAAGAAAAGAACAAAAAUAUCUCGUAUAUUCUGUGAUAAUUACCCUUUAAACUUAGGCAUACGGUCCCGCGCGCGGGGGAGCACCGCACGCGUCAUACCCUACGCGUCACACGACCGUCACGAACGGCGGGACACUUUCGAUUUCCACUUCGAAUCGAGAGCGACGGCUCUCCGAUUACGGCGCGUAACCGCGGCCGGGGGAAUCGCAAAGUCGACGAAGAGGCGAACGGCAGGGAGGCGGUAGGGACAGGAGGCACCGGCGGUUUCGUUCCGUUCGUCCAAGUCGGAGUUUACCGCGGUCUUUUCCCGCGUUUCGUAAGCGAGCCGUUCUCCGCGCUCGUGCCCCGCUGCUUGCGAAAGUUCGGCUUUCCGAACCGACCGUUUACGCGACGCCGUUACCGGGAACGGCUAACCGUUGACAAUACUAAGCUCGAGGAAUCGUGCGGCGCGUAUGUACGGUGUGUCCGAUUAAACGUUAAUCUAGACCAAGGGAAUGCCUGUACCCUGCGAAUGAGAGCCGUUGCCAGAGAAAGGUAGAGAGUCCUACGGGAAUUCGACGGAGACGAAUCGAGGACGGUCCAGGAGGGCGUAUCCGAGUCAAACACGCACAUUUCAACGCGAAGGAAAUGCUCGGCAAAGGGGGAAACUUCGCGUCGACCGCGAGGGCCAAGAAACACGGUUCGAAAUCAAGGGAUCUCGUCGAUGCGGGACAGGGUCGCGAUUAGCUAUCACCUGGAUACGUGGCUCCUGCAGGGAGCGCAGUCGGCUUCGUUCACGGCGAGCUUCCCACCGAGGACGUUCAUUUAUUUCCACGAUGAGAAAUUGAGAAAUUCCUUUUGACGAAAGGUCGAGGAAACGUCUUUUCUUACGUCGUCCGUAAAUCUUUAACAGGCUACAAUUGGACGGUUUAGUUUUUACAUUAGCCGAUGGGGAAGAAGGGCACGUGAGACGGAGGGGGAGAGACGUUGCGAGACCUGUAAAAUGUGUACUUUUACGUACGUUAGUACAUCAUUCGUGUACAUGGAUCCGUUGCGGUUGGGCGAUUAGAAGAUAUCAGGUAGGGGAGAGAAAGAGGGUCGCAACGAGUAACCUACUAAUUUAUAAGUGGCUAGGGAGGAGAGUUGGCGGGAGACAAAGUUAUACAUAUAUAAAUAUUAUGUAUGUAUAUAUAUAUAUAUGUGUGUUUGUGUGCAUAUAUAUGUAUAUACAUCACACCGUUGAUCAUUGUGCCGUGUCCAUAUCAUUACAUCUUGUAGAUGAACCUUAAACGAAAACGAGCCUCUACGCGGUUUAUUAUUAUAUUAAACUACUGAAGUAAGACUAGUUAGAUAGUUCAGAAUUGCAACAUGGGUCGAAGACGUUGUAAGAAUGUUGAGGCUCGAAGGACGCAACGGAUCGGUAACGAGGAAGUAUCGUUAAGAUAAAACCGUUUUUAAAUUGGGUUUCUUAUCUUGACCUGACAAAGUACCGUCAAGUUCGUCCUGGUUUCGGUAUCGUAUUCUUUUUCACCUAAAUCCUCCGUUGCAUUCUUCGAGUAAUUUUUCGGGGAUCCAUCUUAGGAACUUCGGAACUUUUCAAGCCAUUUCGGAACGAAAGAACACUUGUAUAUUAACUAAUUAAUUUCAAUUUUAUUUACCGAUAUUCACGUUUUGAUAAGCAGUUUUCGAAGGAACGACGAUGGAAUUCUCGUUCCUUAAUGUCAGUCUCCUUUCAUCUCUAUGGGGGCAUAAAUAUUAAUCGUUGAAAAGGCUCGAAAGGUUCAGGUUAAGUGAGACACAAACCACUCUGUCAGUAAUUCUCCCUCGUUAUCGUCGUAGAAUAUUCCGAGACAAAAAUGGGAGGGUUCGUACGCCGAAAAAGCUACUCCACCAAAUAUGCCAACCAUCUAUGGAAGUCCAUCUAUGAAAGCACGUUACACUGUACAAACGAACACUUAUAAAAAUGAUUACACAUAAUUUUUGCAUGCCUCACGCGUUUUAUAUUUUAUUCGUAUCGACAUAAGAAAGAAACACACACAUUGUCUAAACGUACUCGUUUCUAUGUGCAGUCGGUCAUGCAUCUCUUAGCACUUAACGAAUUCCAUCAAUUUCCGCAACCGCGAACAUUCACUAGAUAUUAAACGUUAAAGAUGGCUAAUGAAUAGCGCGCAAUGCAAUUGACAUGGAUUUCGAAUCAUCAUCGACCGAUGCUUUUCUCUUGGCGAGUUAAGCCUCGAUCGACAGCCAGAGAGUCGUUCUCGAUCAAAUCGAAACUUCUAAUUGAUUUGCACAAGUAAUCGAGGGAGCAAUAAAAACUGAAGGUUUUAUAAUGAUUUGCGAUAUCGAUGCCGAGAUUACAAUCAGGAGUGGGAAUAACUGGCAGCGGCGUGUGUGCCGUGUAUUUUGCGAUGUAACGAUACAUUGUCCUAGAGUCCCAAAUGGUCAUCUCUACCGUCACCGACAUCGUCGUUGAGAAUUGACAUCCACUCCGGUCCUACUCCGUUCAUUUCUAAUUCCUAUAGACGUGCGUGUGUAAGACAUUAUCUACUGCAUUUCAGUCGCGGGAUCACGAGCAUCUUCGUACUAAAAUGCGAUACAUAUUCAAAUUUAAUAUAUAUUUAAUAACGAACGGGCAUGCGAGAGCCCGGGCAUGAUCGAAAUCUGAGUGAUGUCUCCGAAGAAAACAGAAGUCGCGAACGUUUUUCAUCUCUCCUUGUAAUUAUUCGCCGGACAUGCGACUCUGUCCCUCGUGAGCGUGUCACUUUAACGUCCAACUUUGCAAUUGAUAUGAUUUUUUACAAGAGGAUAGCUGUCUUCGUUUCUCGCGUUGUUGACUCAAUAGUUUAGGUUAUAAAGAAAAAUGAAAUAUACGAAAGUCCGCUAUUUCUGUUUUCCUCAUUUCCAAGUGUCUUUUCACGCGUUCCAGUUGCACAAGAUCGAACAAAGCGUUACACGAUUUCGUGCCGCGAAUGAUUCAUUCUAAAAGCAGAAAUACCAAAGUCUGUUAGGAUAUUCAUUAGAUCCGUUUUACAAGUUCAAUUCUUUGAGGAAAUACUA